AUUCGUCGAUCCGAAUGAUUCAUUUCCCAUCUUUACUCGCAGUACGAGCUGUACCCGCUUUUGCCAGAACUAAGUAGUUAGUUAGUUUUGGAUGUUGACAGUCAGUGGCAAAGAUCCCCUUUGCUGGAGCACUGCAGUCAUGAACUAACUGAGUUGUGUGGAUCGUCAUUACCGAGGAAUUGUUAUGCAGCCACGCGGCGUUGCUUUUGCGGAGCGAAGCCGGAGCAAACCGAAUACUGUCCGUAACGAGCACGUGUCGUUGACGUUCCAAUGACUCGAGAAUACAGGCACUAUCUGAGAGAGUAAAUCUCUACGGUCAUCACCGCACGGCGCUGGCUGUACUCGUAGUGACUAGUAGAGGAUAGGAAAAAGACGAGGCAAGCAAGCCACGGACAUUGUCUUUAUAGCGACUUCGCAAGUCGUUGACUUGUCACACUGGUAAGGCACCGGCAGCAUUCCCUGUUGCCGUAGCGCUCGACGGCACAGUCGGCGGUAACUAUGGCGAAGGGACGCGACAAGCAGAGUCGCCUGGAGGCGCAGGCGGAACUCGCCGAGGUUGUAGUUGACCCAGCUACGUAUGUACCGACGGGCAACAUCGAACAAGACCUACCCAUCCUGUGCCAGCGCGAGGGCGUGCGGUCGGUGACGUGCACGCUCGCACAGCCCGAGCCUGGAGCGGCCCGGCCCCAGGCCACCCCCGAAGCGUCGCCUGCCGCUCCUCCGCCGACGACGGCCAGUCGCGGCAGCAAGGCAGCUCGGGAGAAGCAGGCAGCGGCGGAGGCAGCGGCAGCAGCGGCUCUGCAGGCGCAGGCGGAAGAAGAACCGCCGGACCCGAACGCACCAAAGACAUACAAGGAAGUUGACAUGAGCAAGAUGAUUCAGCGCGUGUGCCAAGUGCGCUACGCCAGCGAAGAGGACAGGACGACUCUGGAUGAGCUGCGCAUAUCAAAGUGGCGCCUAGAGCCAGCGUACGUGACCGUCUUUACGUCCAUGAUUCCUCUCUGGAAGCAACUGACACGGCUAGAACUUGUCAACAAUCAGCUAUGCAGCAGCUCAAUACUCAACAUCAUCACCUCCUUGAAGAGUGUAGCAACACCUAACCCUCUCAGGUACCUCAGCCUGGACGGAAACCCGGUUUGCGACGAUCGAAUCCUCAGCAGUGUGUUGACAGAGCCGUUCAGCCUGCACAGCCUAUCAUUGAGGGCGUGUGCAAUCGACGACGACAUGUGCCUGAAGCUCGAAGCACUACUGCUUGCCAAUACCUGUCUUCACAUACUUGAUCUCAGCCUCAACAGGAUCUAUGAUACCGGUGCCCAAGCUAUAGCCAGAAUGUUACGGUUCAAUCGAACUCUGCUCAUGCUUGCCCUGAUCGGGAACAACAUAACGGACGUCGGUGCUGGGAGUAUUGCUGAUGCACUUCAGAUGUUCGAGCUCACACACGAGGAGAUUGUCAAGCGCCGAUAUCUUCUAGCAGAUAGAAGAAAACGAAAUGAGCCUCCGGCGCCUAGCCCAGCAAAGGGCAAGGGGACACUGGAGCACAAGAGCAAGAGUCCCACCCUCGGUGGCCGUGAGAGCAGGCAAAGUGUAUUGGCUGGGAAACAGGGCAAAAAGGGCCAAGAUGGUGGCAAGACGGCAGUAGCGAAAAAGAAGGAGGAAGAGAAAGGCAAAAAAGGUGACCAAUCUCGCCUUCAGAAAACAAGAAUGAAGUCCAGUAUGAGCGAGAGUGGUGUUUCGCUCAGCGGCAAGGAGGGAAGAAAGAUCGUUUCUGCUUCUGUCCUGCAGUCAGGCGAGGAUGGCGAGCCGUAUAACGCACUGCUGGACGACGUGGCUGCGCAAGAUGGCAAGCAGUGGUGCAUGGGCAACCUGACACUGGUAUCUCUAGACCUCACCGAGAAUGCUGCGAUGACGAUGGAAAUCGUGGACCGAUUCUUUGCCGUUCUCCAAUACCAGAAGGUAGCGUGUCAGGAGCGUACGGCACCGCGACAGGGCCUCAUGAACCUGCAGUGCUGGCCCAAGUACAUCUGUCCGAAUUUGAGCAGUGACGAGGCUGAUGAGGCACAUGAGUCUCGCCCGCCAUCCACGGAUUUUGAAGUUGCGAGGCUGAAGAUGCAGCGGAUGCUCAUUGAUAUCAACCCAGUCGAACUUUGUUCAUACGUCCCAGGUACCUCAGCCUGGACGGAAACCCGGUUUGCGACGAUCGAAUCCUCAGCGGUGUGUUGACAGAGCCGUUCAGCCUAUCGGUGAGAGUGUGUGCAAUCGACGACGACAUGUGCUUGAAGCUCGAAGCACUAUACUGCUUGCCAAUACCUGUCUUCACAUACUUGAUCUCAGCCUCAACAGGAUCUACAUGUAUGAUACCGGUGCCCAAGCCGUAGCCAGAGCACUUCAGAUGUGCGAGCUCACACACGAGGAGAUCGUCAAGCGCCGAUAUCUUCUAGCAGAUAGAAAAAACGAAAUGAGCCUCCGGCGCCUGUAAGCCAUGAUGGCACCGAUAUUUAGUUUUCUUGGCCUAUGACUUAACCCGGUGUGGUUGUAGCACAGGCAACGCUCACUAGUAGAAUACGUCACGAGAAAUGCAAGACCGACCAGAGUCAUAAAAUAUUUCCAUUAUGAUUUCCUGAACACACACACGCACGCACACACACACACGCACACACACGCACACACAUACUGCCAGCUGCAGGCAGUGCAUGUGCCUGGAAAUGAUCCAGCUAACAGUUAUGUGUUCAACUCACACAUACCACUAUGCAUACUAUGCAUCGCCUCAAGGUGGCAGGCGCACAGCUGCUAUAGCCACUCACAAACGCACGACCAACAGUCAUGCGGUUUGUUUCAUACGGCAUAUGAAGAACAAAGACAACUGUGUGUGU